AUGGACUUGCGCACCAUCAUCAAUAACGACGCCGCUGCUAGUGUCCAGAAAUUUCCCACGGCGCAACAUUCCCCGUCUUCCCCUCAACAGCCUCAGGGCCACGACCUGGGUUCCGUCUACCCUGUGAAAAAGCACGAUGAUGCUUCGCCAGUCUCAUACCACACAACCCAGCAGGCUCCGCAGGCCCCCGAAUUCCGCGCAAAACCACCGCAACCUCCCCCCCUCCAACCCCCUCUACCUCUACGCUCUCCUGGUGGCUCUUCACCCUAUGGAUCCACUGCUUCGCCAUAUCAACAUACGCCAGCGUUGAGCAGUGCCGCUCAACACUCUCAGAGCGCGAGCAUUCUACCACAUUCCAUCCAAACCUACCAACCUGUCUCCCGCGACAACUACCCUCCGGGCUCCGCCGGUUCUGCCUACAAUCAAUCUGCAGGGUCCCUAUCAUCCCCAUAUACCCCUCAAGCUAUGAGCUCUGGGACCCCGCAAUCAUAUUUCUCGCAGCAGCGCUCGCAAUCCGUUCAUUCUAUUCAAACUCCUACCUCCUCUCAGAGUUACUCUUAUCCUCCACGUGAAAGCAUUGGAGCUUCACAACAUCAGCCUAUUCCGCAGCAGUCACAGCCGUUCUCUCCAAAUCAACAACUCUCCCAUCCAGGAACACCCCUUGGCCCUCCCUCAGCCUCCUUUUCCCGCCCUUCGCCACAUCAAGCACGACCACCGUCCUCUGGUUUCGAUUCUCAACAAAACCGCUCUCUCUCAGGUCCCUGGAGCAGCCAAGAUAAUCAGUUGCGGGAUCAGAGAGAUGCAGGGUCCCCAAUUGUGCAGGCGGUGCACAGUCAAGGUCCUGGUGGCGAGAGUCAAACCCGUUAUUCAAUGAGAACCGAGGAGAACAACACCCCUCAACCAUAUCGUAAGGAUGAUGAUGACACGACAUCGAAAAAUAACAGCAAUAGUGCCGUUCAUGUUCCUGGGCACGCACAUGACGCCGGUGAUACAAUACCGUCACAAUACCCUCCUUCCACACCGAAAACACCGCAACCUGCAAGCAAUAGUCGACCACCAACAACUUCACCACCUACCAAACGUCUGCGACAAAGUGAACCUCCCACUUCCAAAACGAAUAGCCAAAGGCAAUUGGCGACAGAGGACUCUAUGAAUAGACUUAUACUGCCAUCCGAAAUUCCCAAAAAGAGACCAAGGCGAUACGAUGAACCUCCGGUCUACGCGCGUAAAGCUCCGCGAACCAGCGGCAAUCCCCCAGCGAUACCCACCGGGCUCAAUGUCCCUCCUCCCCCUAAACGUGUCGUUACAAGCCACGAACCUCAGCCCGACAAAUUCACGUCGAGAGAUCGUCCCCUACAUUCGCAGCCGCAUCCAAUUCUAGAGGCACCAAAUGAUGAAGCCCCGACAAAUGGUAAUCUCCCUUCCCGGCCUCCUCCGCCUAUAGACCAAAAUGCUACCUCAUUGGGCCCGUGGGAACCGUCCAUUACGGGGCUGAUCCCUCACGAGGAAGUUACGAAAUUGAUCUGCGACUUUUUGUUCCAACAGGUUGUUAUGAGGAGAGAUAUUGGAGCAGGCCCUGCUGGCGGAUCAGUGGUUGGACAAGGCGCUGUUCUCGAAGUUGAAGCUAAGCUGGGCAUGCUUGUCGACAGAAAUCGUGGAGAACGCGUCCGGAUACCGGCUCUUACGGAGUGUGUUCUUGCCAAAGAUGAUCCUAGUAUCCGAGUUGGUUUCGAAAGCUCAAUGUCUUUAGCCCAACACCGAGCUCUCAACGAUUUCCUCAAUGACACCGUGAAAUCCUCAGUAUCUCAAUCGGGCACCCGCAUCCCAUUGACCUAUGCCCACAAAAAGGAACGAGACACGUUCUACCAAAUAUCCUCCUCCGCACUCCCACCUAUAAUCCAACACCAUCUUAACCCCCGUCAUAAGCCCAAGGUCCGUGUCACAACAGACCAACGAACAGGCGCCGUUCUUGCUCGGAUCAUCAAAUGUCGCAUUGCGGAUCUCGAUGUUUACAGUCCGAGAACCUGUCUUGAUUGGCGAAUAAGUGUCAAUCUCGAAAUGAACUACGAAGGUGAUAUUAGCGAACUCAGUUUGCCUGAUGAGCCGAGCUCGUUGGUUGGGGCUGGGGCUGGGGCACCACGAGGUGGUGCCAGAAACAAAGAUCGUAUGAGCUACAGACAUCUGGCGUAUCAAAUUGAUUUGACUCAGGUUGCUACUACAGAGGAUUGUUCCAAUAACUCACAGUCAGAGUUCGAACACGAACUCGAAAUAGAGAUCUCCUCCGCCGAGGUGCGCCGCCAGGGCGACCUAGCACUUGCAGGGGAUCCGAAAAACCAGUACGAGGAGCUUAUUAAAGGGUUUGUAGAUAAUAUACGCGUGCUGACAAGAGCGGUUCCGGAGCGCUGA